AUGCAUACGAAACACUUGGCCAGUCCAGCGCAAGCCCUCUUCCGCGUCUUCGUCCAGCCAGCACUCUCUCACAGAGCUCCUCCAACAGCAGUUAUCCAGCAGUCGUUCAAAGGAGCCCAGCGCAUCCGCCAGCAGCCCAGUGCAUGCUCGAGGCCCCUCUCGACAACUACAGCCAGACUAGCAAAGACUCGCGCACCUUCAGUCCGAAAAGAGCUAUGGGACGAAGAAAUCACUGGCCGCCUGGUGUACCUCGUGAACCAAGAGACUGGCAAAAUCUUCGAUCCCGAGACCGGCCGGCCGCCUGAACCUGUGCGCCGGGAAGAGCUGAUGCGGAAUAUGGAUCGCAAGACACACCGGCUGGUGCAGGUCGCGCCGGGCUUGGAUAUUGGCGCGCGGGAGGGCGGCGGUGGGCAGCAGAGAGAAGAGCAGGCAACGUACAGGCCUGAAGUCGUAUCGAAGAAGGCCGCGUACGAAGCUGCCUCCAAGCGGAAGGAGCAAAUGAAGGAGAAGCGGAAGAUCUCGAAUGUGGCUUCUUCGGUGAAAACGCUGGAGCUGAACUGGGCUAUUGAUUCGAAUGAUCUCGGGCACAGGAUGGAGAGGAUGCAAGAGUUUCUAGGCGAAGGCAGGAAAGUGGAAGUGGUGCUGGCGGCGAAGAAGAAGGGACGGAAAGCGAGUAUGGAGGAAUGUGCGGCCGCAUUGGCGAGGAUACGCAAGGCCGUGGACGAUGUGGAUGGGGCGAAGGAGGUGGGAACUAUGGAGGGCAAGAUGGGUGGGUUUGCGGUGCUGAAGUUUCAGGGGAGGAUGCCCGCAGUGAAUGCGAAGGAGGCAUAG